GCGGAACAAAAUCCUGGUUAGAGCAUGGGAAAAUUUUUAGCGGUAUUCCUGGCUUACGUGCUAAUGUGCAAUCAAUGCCUAAUUUUUAGAGAUCCCGAUGCGAAUUAUGCGGGACCUAAACUCUCUUCGUAUGUGUUUCUAACGGCCGUGUGUAUUCUUUUGUACGAUUUGAGAUUGUAUCCCAAGCGUUUGAGGAAACUGGAUCACCUGAGUCAAAAUAUUGUUGAGUUUUUUAUAGCGAUGUUUGCGAUGGAACUCGUACUGCAAGAUUUCUGGUACCCGCUCAUAAAUGGAUUAGUAGCGUUGCUUCUACACGGUGCAGAAAAAAUGGAAUAUCUUAGCGAUUACGAGUAUUUGAGUGAUUCCCUAAAAGAUCCAUCUACAGUGGAUAGAAUUACGUACAUUUUGAGCCUUUUCUUCUUGUUAAGCGUCCUGCAUGCUGUGAGAGCAAUCGAUUUUCGGGCGCUUCAAGAGGGUCCCGGUUGUUUUUUUGACGACAUUGCGUACAGGGGAAGAAGAUUUCUGCUGAAAAAAAUUAGGUACUUGGGUUUUGCCAAGAAGCGGGUCAAAAUCAAGGAGUGCAAGGAGAAGAGGUCGAGACGUAGCACAAGGGAUGAUGAUAAUGAAAAAACCGGAACCAUUGAUCUAGAAGAUUUCAGCAAAUCUGGAGACACGAAUGUGGACGAUAGCGUUUGUAGUAACAGCGACUGUGAUUCACAGAAAAUUUGCGAUUUCGACGAUUUAGACUUAUUGAUCGAUAUUGAUGAUUGAAUUUAAAUAAAAAGAAUUAGG